AUGCCGACCGAAUCCGAGUUGGCAGCAUUUGGCUGCACGAAUAUCGUAAUUUCCGGGAUAUUUUUAUGCUUACAAGCGUGGUACUGUAAGUUUGUCUGGUCAAAGCGACCGGGCUGGGGCUCGGACUUUAUCCCGACGCUCCAUCUACUGAAUGCCGUCUGUGAUAUCAGCCAGUUAUGCUGCCACUUUUGGGCUGGAGUGCAAUGUCUUUUUCCGGCACAAUACCUGCCCGGAUCGCCGGUAUUCGGCGGUCUCGUAUUCGGCACUUGGCUGAACGGAGCGUUUUACAUGAAUUUCUUCGUCGUCCAUCGAUUUUUAUUCAUUUUCAUGCCGUUUCGCGUUGACUUUAUUAUUACACGGCUGGUGACACAGCUGUUCACGGCAGCCACGCUGAUCUUCUUGUUCCUCUACAUGUGCAUGUCGACGACCGUCCUCUUCAUCAGCUAUUCAGCCACUGCCCUAUCAUGGGCCAUUGAUUGGCGUCAUUCCUGGGAACCCGGCUAUCGAUUUUUGUUCUUCAUCAAUGAGCUGUCAAACUAUCUAUAUCGACUCCACAAAUCCCAAAUGAAAGCCCGAGAUCUCUAUCUGAUAAUGCAGAUGCUAAUUUCGUGGCUACUCUCCGUGGUCUGCUGGUUCCUCUGGGAGGUGUUUUACGACCAGAACGAGCAGGAUUUUCCCAAAUAUUUGAAGAACUCGGUCGCGUGGAUGCUGUGGAAUGGGUACAAGCCGCUGUCGACGCUUAUAACUCUGGGGCUAAAACCGUCGCUAGUGCAGCCAAACGUGUCCGUGAAAGUGGUCCCCGCGCCUGAAAAUAAUCGAAGAAGAUCUACCGUAGCUUCGAUUUUACCGUUUCACGUGACGGCCCAU